GACAGAGCAUCUAUAUAUAAACACACAUCAGUCAAAAGUAAAUUAUACUUACACAAUCACCUUCCACACACCCCCAGUUUUCAAGAUCCACAAGCCCCCUCUCUCUCGCUGCAAAACCCUAGAUUCUAGAGAGAGAGUAACCCAAAUCAAGAAAGCUUCAAUCUCUCCCACUUCUCUCAGCUCUCUCAGAUCAAUCAGUGAUGGCGGCGGCGACGGAGGCUGGGGCGGCGGAGGUGGUUGCGCCACCACCAGCCCAAACGGUUGGCAAUGCGUUUGUUGCACAAUAUUACAAAAUAUUGCAUCAUUCACCGUCGCUUGUGCAUCGAUUUUACCAAGAUAUCAGCCAACUUGGUCGUCCUGAGGAGGAUGGAAGCACAAGUAUUACAACAACUAUGACGGCCAUAAAUGAGAAAGUUCUUUCUCUUCAUUAUGAUGAUUAUAAGGCAGAGAUUAAGUCCGUUGAUGCCCAAGAGUCACUUUCCUCAGGAGUCCAUGUGCUCGUAACUGGGUAUAUGACUGGAAAGGACAACAUAGAGCGGAAUUUCACUCAAUCCUUUUUCCUUGCUCCACAAGAUAGAGGUGGCUACUUCGUGCUCAAUGACAUGUUUCAAUAUGUGGACAAGGUCAGCAUAGCGGAAAGCAAGACCCAGGCUUUUUCUGUGGAAGUUGAGAUUCCUGUUACUGCUGAACAAGAACAAGUGGUUACAGAAGCUGCUCCAGUAGAAGAUGAUCAUAUUACUGAGCAGACCAAUGGGGUGGCCGAGGAAGCUAAUGGGGAAGUUCACAGUCCCUUCGAGAAUGGGAAAAUUGUUGAAGCUACAGAAGAACAAGAAGAAGAGCCAGUGGCUGAGGUUGUUAAUGCUGUACCUGAUGAUUCACAGAUGGUUGUUGAAGCUAAUGUCAAAACUGAAGAAGCACCAAAGAAGUCUUAUGCUUCGAUUGUGAAGGAUCUAAAGGUUAAUUCUCUCCCUUUCUCAUCUCCACCACCUGCCUCACGUAAAACUCCAUCGAAGAGUCAAGAGAAAAAGGUCAACCAUGCUCCGCCGACAGUCUCAUCGGCUGAAGUAUCAGGUGCUGCUCCUGAAAGUGGGAAGAGCCAAGAUGGUGAAGCUGAGGGCUACUCAAUCUACAUAAAGGGUCUUCCUUACGAUGCAACACCUGCGCUUCUUGAGGAUGAGUUUAAAAAAUUUGGUGCCAUAAAGAAUGGUGGCAUUCAAGUUAGGAGCAAGCAAGGUUUCUGUUUUGGAUUUGUGGAAUUUGAGGAGGAAAGUGCCGUACAUAAUGCAGUUAAGGCUUCACCAAUUACACUGGGCGGGCGCCCAGCGGUUAUUGAAGAGAAGAGGUCGACUAAUUCGAGAGUGACCAACCGUGGAAGGUUCCCAGCUGGUAGGGGAGUCGGAUUUAGGAAUGAAGCUGGAUUUCGGAACGAGGGAAUGAGAGGACGCGGUAAUUAUGGUGGUGGCAGGGGAUACAACCGAGCAGAAUUCAGUGGCCGGAGUGAGUUCAGUAAUAAUCGAGGAAACAAUCGGGGCGGUUCAUCAAACCGUGGCGGUGGAGAUGGAUUUCAGAGGACCGAAAAUUCAGCCAAUGGUGGUCGUGUAACCCGUGGUGGUGGGCUGUCUGGUUCUGGAGCGGCCAAAAAUUUGGCACCUAGAGUACCUGCUUCUGCCUGAGGAAAUCAAGAAUAGAUUUUGUUCACGGAAAUUUUAGUUACCCUUUUUCAGUUUUGUAGUUUGAAAAUGUUGGGGACCAGCCAACAAGACAAAAAUAGAUGAGUUUGGUUGGAUGUCAAUUUGGUGAGGAACUUACGAUUCUUUGUAAGAACGCAUUGUGGAAUUUUCUGUAGGGUAUUAAUCUGCUCAUGGUGCAUUCUUUUCAUAAAGGUUGGUACUAGACAGAUAGGUCGAUAGAAAGAUUAAGAUUCUCAUGUAGGAGCAUACUGAACUUCUGAUACUACGUUUUGUUUAGCUACUUUAAUUUCUUCUGUUGUUUUUUCUUUCCCAUGUAUUUGCAUGUUGGCUUUUUUGGUGCUAAUACGAUAGUUAAUCGAUCAUAUCAGGACUAUCUGAUGUCUUGGCAUUCUGCUUA